AACACCACUCUUACGCAGACAUGAACCUGCUUAUUGCACUUUUAGUGCUGGGCUGUUGCCACACACUGACCUGCUCCAAGGACACAACUGGUGAAAGUGCAGGACGACCAUUCAUCCUCAAUGCUGUGGAAGAGGCCAAAAAACUUGUAGACGAGGCCUACAAGUAUUCUCGCGAAGAGAGCCUGAGAAGAGUACGCAAAGAAGUCGUCUCGCCCACUGACAUCCUGCGGUUAAUGAAGCAGCCUGCACGCGACACACGCAGCGCGGUCCGAUCGGCCGACUACUACAUCAACACACUCCGACUCAUCGAAGAGAAAGCUCACCAUGUCCACAGGAGGUCCAUCAACGCAACAGACCUCCUGACUCCAGACGAGCUGCAAUUCAUUGCCCGUCUCACUGGCUGUUUUGCCCGAGUCCAGCCCCCAUCCUGCCGGACCACGCCCCUCAUCAACAAAUACCGCACUGCCACUAGUGUAUGCAACAACCAGAGAAACCCCCGAAUUGGUGCCUCAAACACCCCCUUAGCUCGCUGGCUCCCCGCCGAAUAUGAAGAUGGAGUCGCCCUGCCCAAGGGAUGGGACCCCGCCCGGCUGCACAACAAUGUUCUGUUGCCACUGGUGAGAUUGGUCUCCAACCGCAUUCUAAGCACCACUGACAGCGGUGUACAAAACGACACUGACUUCACAUACAUGGUCACCAUCUUCGGCCAGUGGAACGACCACGACCUGUCCUUCACCCCAUUUUCACCCAGUAUCCGAUCCUUCAGCAACGGCGUCGACUGUGACGUCAGCUGUCAACGCACUGAGCCCUGUUUCCCUAUUGGCGUCCCUCCCGAUGACCCCCGUCUGACCCCUGGGCCGGACAGCUGCCUGCCUACCUUCCGCUCCGCUCCGGCUUGCGGCUCCGGCAACAACGCUUUCGUGUUUGGCGGCGUGCCCAAGGUGCGGGAGCAGAUGAACGCUCUGACGGCCUUCCUGGACAUGGGCCAAGUCUACGGCUCUGAGGAACCUCUGGCACGAGACCUCCGUGACCUUACCAACGACGCAGGCCUGCUCCGCGUCAACGACCAGUUCAAAGACAACGGCCGAGAGCUGCUGCCCUUCUCCAGCAUGGACACCAACAUAUGUGCCACCCGCCGUGCCAUCACGAACGACUCCACCGCCGCAGAGGUGCCCUGUUUUAUCGCGGGAGACAGCCGUGUAGAUGAAAACAUCGGUCUGACUUCCAUUCACACGCUCUUCAUGAGGGAACACAACCGACUGGCCCGAGCCCUCCGUCAGAUCAACCCCCGAUGGAGCAGCGAGACGCUUUAUCAGGAAGCUCGCAAGAUUUUGGGCGCUUACCAACAGGUCCUCGUGUUCAGGGACUACCUGCCGCACAUUGUGGGUACCCGGGAAAUGCGUACCAGGCUGGGCCGGUACCCGGGCUACGACGAGAACGUGGACCCCAGCAUCGCCAACGUGUUUGCCACCGCUGCCUAUCGCUUCGCCCACAACACCAUCCAACCCCUGAUGUUCCGGCUGGACGAGAACUACCGGAACCAUCCUCAGUUUCCCAGUGUACCUCUCUUUAAGACCUUCUUCAGCCCAUGGAGGGUGAUCUUUGAAGGUGGUGUGGACCCUCUGAUUCGUGGCCUGAUUGGACGUCCAGCCAAGCUGAACGUACAGGAUCACAUGAUGGUGGAUGCACUGAGGGAGAAACUGUUUUUCUUCACCAGUCACGUAGCUCUGGAUCUGGCCUCUCUCAAUAUGCAGAGAGGCCGAGACCACGGCCUGCCAGGUUAUAACUCGUGGCGUCGGUUCUGUGGUCUGUCCACGCCCAGAAACAGACGUGAGCUGGCUGUGGUUCUGAACAACACCGAACUGGCACGCAGGCUGCUCGAACUCUACGGUACUCCAGACAACAUCGACGUGUGGCUGGGAGGCGUGGCCGAGCCGUUUGUGGAGGGAGGUCGUGUGGGUCCUCUGUUUGCCUGUCUCAUUGCCACUCAGUUCCAGAAGAUCCGCCAGGGAGACAGGCUGUGGUGGGAGAACCCUGGGACAUUCACUAAAAGACAGAGGGCUUCCCUGGCCUCCGUGUCCCUGGCCCGCAUCAUCUGUGACAACACAGGCAUUACGCGAGUGCCCACCAACCCGUUCAUCUUCAGAGACUCCAACUUCACCCGCUGUAACAACAUCCCACUCUUUGACCUCUCUCCUUGGGUCGAGACAGAUCCCGACGAUCAGACAAAACCAGGCCCACCUGGACCAAGAGGACCCCCGGGCGAACGAGGUCCCCAAGGAAUAAGAGGGCCCCCCGGACCCCCUGGACCCCCCGGACCUGGUACGAACACUACAGGACCGCAGUCUGCCUUCUCAGUCCAGCUCGGCAAUAGCGUCACUCGCGGAACAAGAAUUAUCGUUUUCCGCCAGGUCAAAUAUAACGCGCAGAACCACUACAACACAAAAAAGGGGGUGUUCACGUGCGUUGUGCCUGGCGUUUACGAAUUUUCCUUUUUUCUAAGAGCGAACCGAAAUGUGGGCGGCGUGGUCAUGCGCCUCGACAACACGCUGGGCCUCCGUGGGUUCUCCACUGUGUCAGGCAGCUUGCAACUCAUCAGCGGUCAGACGGUUCUAAGCCUGCAGCGAGGGCAAAACGUGUGGCUGGAGAGCAAACAGGGCGCGAGGGGCAUCGCCGCCGAAAGCGUUUUCUCCGGCCACAUGCUUUUCCCCGUCACCAAGGCGGCAUCCAGAACGGCGACCCCUGACCUCAUUUUUCUCUGA